AUCGAACUCAGGCGGAAGUCCUGGAGGGCGGAGAAAAUCCUGAGCAUCACAAGUCGCGACCUCACAGGGAGGGGCGGCGGCGCUCGCCGUGAGGCGCGGGAGGGGGCGCGCUCGCGGUGGUCCACGGUGAAGUGCGGCUUGCUCGCCGUGGGGAGUGCGGUGAAGAGUGGCUCCUCCUCAUCUAGCAGUCUCUGCUCCAGUCGUCUGGUUCCCCCCGCCAGCCGCCACUCGCGCAUUUCGUCGAACGCCUUCGCCUCCAUCCCCUCCCACCAAUCAAUCCACGUGCUCCAGAACCCUAACCCUCGUGGGGGCGACGGGGGAGAGGUUGGCAUCUGGCGAUGGCGUGUUGCUGCCUCCGUGCCAGCACGGCGCCCCGCUUCCUCCUCUUCCGCGCCGCCGCGCGGCGAGCCCCAUUGCCGGUCGCGGUUUCCAGGAAGGGUUUCUCGGAACAGUCCGUAUUGCCAAUCACAGACAUGAUCGAGAAUUUUCAAGGACCAUCCAUGGAGAACAUUCCACGAAUUCCAUUAUAUGAUGAUAGCUUGCCCUCAAGCUUGUUGACAACUUCUCCGAAUCCUAGUGAUAGUGUAGCUCAUGCUGACCCUUCAAAGAGUAGAAUAAUGCUUGUUGAUGGAACCUCAGUAAUGUACAGAUCCUACUACAAGAUAUUGGCACAGCUGCAGCAUGGUCAAUUGGAGCAUGCUGAUGGAAAUGGAGACUGGGUUUUAACUAUAUUUAAAGCUCUGUCACUGGUUCUAGAUAUGCUGGAGUUCAUUCCAUCUCAUGCAGCGGUGGUGUUUGACCAUGAUGGAGUCCCUUAUGGUCAUUAUACUGCCAUGCCAUCCAAAGAAUGUCACAUGGCAAAAGGAAUGACUUUUCGUCACAUGUUAUACCCUUCCUACAAGAGCAACCGCAUCCCGACACCAGACACCAUUGUCCAGGGCAUGCAAUACUUGAAGGCAUCUAUUAAAGCGAUGUCAAUCAAAGUGAUUGAGGUUCCUGGUGUCGAAGCUGAUGAUGUUAUUGGCACACUAGCUGUCAGCAGUGUAUCUGCAGGCUACAAGGUACGGAUUGUCUCCCCUGAUAAAGACUUCUUCCAAAUUCUUUCACCUUCUUUACGUUUGCUGAGGAUUGCUCCUCGUGGUUCUGGGAUGGUUUCAUUUGGAGUUGAAGACUUUGUCAAGAGAUAUGGAGCACUGAAACCAUCACAGUUUGUUGACGUUGUUGCGCUUUCUGGAGAUAAAGCCGACAAUAUACCAGGAGUUGAAGGGAUUGGAGAUAUUAAUGCGGUAAAACUGAUAACUAAGUUUGGUUCCUUGGAGAAUCUGUUGAAAUCUGUGGAUGAAGUUGAGGAAGAACGAAUUAAACAGGCUUUGAUAUCUCAAUCUGAACAAGCAAUGCUUUGCAAAAGCCUGGCCACAUUACGUUCUGACCUUCCAUCCUAUAUGGUUCCUUUUAAGACAUCGGAUCUUGUGUUUCAGAAGCCAAAGGAUGAUGGAGCCAAAUUCAUAAAACUCUUGCGAGCUUUGGAAGCAUAUGCAGAAGGCUCGUCAGCAGACCUAAUCAUAAGAAGAGCCGCCUAUCUUUGGAACAAACUUAACUCAUGACUAUGCUGAUGUUUCCAGCAGUGACAACAUACGAACUUUUCAAGCACAAAAGUUCCACCUGAGAAGAUAGGUGCCUUGGUGCUAUGUUUCUGUCAAAUUUGGUGCGAGCGGCUCGCUGUGCUUUCUGGCACAAAAGGUGGACGGUGCAUGUUUAGACAGGCUGUGCAUACCAUGAAACUGAUAAUUAGUUAGUUUUGUAGAUAAAAGCACGUCAUGGCUCAUGCAAUCUACAGAACAUGAUAUUUUUUACACUCUAAUGAAUGGUGGCUGCUGGCUGGAAGGUGGAAGAAUGGCAUGUAGGUACCUGAAAGCUUAAUCAUUCGAUUAUGUGCAACUUCGUAGAAAUAUUAUCUAGUGACAUGUCACUAUUCAUAUGCACAA